CUGCCUACUAAAGUCUAAAACCCAGCACUCGUCUCAUCGAGAAUUUAAAUACACACACAGAAAAGAGAAGGCCACAUAUUUUGAGAGAGAGAGAGAGAGAGAGAGAGAGAAAUCAUGGAUUCCAUGGGACACGGCGGCAUGUCAGGCAUGGGCGGCGGCUCUCCGGCGAGCAAUAUGACGACGAUGAUGCAGCAUCCGACGAAGAAGACGAUGAUGCACAUGACUUUCUUUUGGGGGAAGAACACGGAGAUGCUAUUCGCCGGCUGGCCUGGAUCUCGCACCGGGAUGUACGCGCUCGCCUUGGUCUUCAUCUUCUUCCUCGCUUUCCUCGUCGAGGGCCUCUCCCACUCCCGAUUCGUCAAGCCGUCCGGGCCCAACUCGUCCUCCUCCUCCGUGGGCCUGGCUCAGACCCUAGCCCACACGGUUCGGGUCGGGCUGGGCUACCUGGUGAUGCUGGCGGUCAUGUCUUUCAACGGCGGCGUGUUCCUGGCCGCCGUGGCCGGACACUCGCUGGGGUUCUUGCUGUUCCGGAGUAGGGUUUUCAAGAAACCUGAUGACCAGCCUCCUGCUAAAACAGUUGCUGCUCUCCCUCUCCACCAUUAAAGAAGACCAAGCUGUGAUAUUUUGUUGGAGUAUUAAUUGCGAUUUUGCCUUGAUAUUGUAAAAAAAAAUAAUAAUAAUUAAUGUCGCAAUGAAUGAUACUUCACAUGGUUUUCUGUGGUAAUUUUCGAAUUCGGGUUUAUAAUAUGGUAGACUUUUAAUGGUUCCAUGCUGUUCCUGCAAAUAUAUGAUAUCGUUCUAAUUUUAUCGGAUGUUAUUGUACCGAAUAAUGGUAACAGCCUGAU